CGUCAUUUUUCCGCGACACGUGAGAAGCGCAUGUGUAUGAACUCCCGAUUAUGCUCUGAACACUUCGUUGUCGUUCUAUAAUAAUGGUGUAUUAAAAACACGUUAAUCAACAAUAGAUGCUUAUUAGGCUUCUAAAACCAGUGGUUUAGUCUAUCGUUCUGUGGACACUGCGUUACACUCAGACACGUGUUCUACUGCCUGCCUGAGCGACAACAUAAACCACAAAUAAAUCCUCUUCAACAGAAGAAGCGUUUGGUUGGAGCUCAUUCCUAAAGAUCUCAUGAGUUUUGUGGAGUACUCCGAGUUCAUCAAGGAAGGAGAUGUGGUCAUUAUCUUCCUUGGGCAUGAGUCCAUGAUGCCCAUCAAAGUAGAGGCUGGGGCCCAAACCCAGACUCGAUAUGGAGCUAUUCGCCACUCUAGUGAUUUAAUUGGGCGACGGUUCGGUUCUAAGGUGACCUGCAGUAAGGGAGGAUGGGUGUAUGUGCUGCAUCCUACUCCUGAGCUAUGGACUGUGAACCUGCCUCACCGAACACAGAUCCUCUACAGCACAGACAUUGCCAACAUCACACUGAUGCUUGACCUCAAACCAGGCUCAGUCGUCUGUGAAUCAGGUACGGGCAGCGGCUCCCUCUCCCAUGCCAUUCUCCGCACCAUUGCCCCCAGCGGCCACCUGCACACGGUAGAGUUUCAUGCCCAAAGGGCAGAGAAGGCUGCUCAGGAGUUUAGAGACCACAAGGUGGCCCAUCUGGUGACUGUCCGAAACCAGGACGUGUGUAAAGAGGGUUUUGGUGUAGUGGGUGUGGCAGAUGCAGUCUUUUUGGACAUCCCCUCUCCAUGGGAGGCAAUUGUACAUGCCAAGAAAGCCUUCAAACGCAAGGGGGGUCGUCUGUGUUCAUUCUCACCAUGUAUAGAGCAAGUCCAGAGAACAUGUGAGACACUACUGGAACAAGGCUUUGGGGAGAUAUGUACUCUAGAGGUUCUUCAGAGGGUGCACGACGUCCGCUCUGUCACUAUGCCCUUAGUCUACCUUGGCCCAGAGGAUGGAGGUCCGGAGAGUGCCAAAAUGACCACUGACCCCGCUGCAGAGGAAGCCCGACCUGUAGCAAACCCUGGCUAUCAGUCAGUAACCUGCCGGACUGCCACACCCCCUCGGGAAAUGGCCGGACACACAGGGUACCUCACCUUUGCUACCAAACCACGGGGCUAGAGAUCGCCAGGCUUUUGAAGAGUGUUUCUGAUCCAGUAUGGGUCUGCUGAGUGUACACAGAAGCCUAGUACUUCUGUUCUCUCAUUGACUCUCAUACUGCAUGUGAACACAGCCUUCCUCGGCAGUGCUUCCAGGCUGCCUGGUGGUAUUGGUCAUAAAGUUUAAUUAAGGAUACUUGAGAAGGUUUUAUGUAAUCAAUCAGAUCUGUGCGAACAUAGAUGUUUGCCAAAUGAGUGAAAGGUGAGCUAGAUAAGAGUUCAUCCUCCUUAAUGCUAGUCAUUUACAGUCAUAUUAUACUAACACUUCUUAAAAUGUACGGCCUUUUUAGUUUUGUCAGUUUUUGUCCUUUUGUUACAAUAAAAUUCAAAUGAAA